GGAUCAUGAUAAAGAAACGCUCCAGACCCCAACCCAGAAGACGCCAACCGUCUCUCGAGCUCGAAGAUGAGUCGCCGGAAGCAGGAGAGUCCCAAGAAGAGGAGAAACUAGAUAUUUCAGAUCUCAUUGAGCUUCGCAAGCUGCGUAAGGCACGAGAAGGCAUAGAUGUAGGCAAGCUGUCCAAAGGAGAGGUCAAGAAGAAGCGCAAGCGGCCCAAAGAGGAGGACGUUGUGGCAGGGCUCCGGCCUGGGGUCUCCCAUGACAAUGACGAAGAUGAGGAAGAGGAUGCCGAAGCGAAAGCGAGGAAGGUUGUCCGCGAGAACAACUUCACGCACCAGACGAAUGCUCUCGAUGUGGACAAGCACAUGAUGGCAUACAUUGAAGAGAACAUGAAGCUACGACGGGGCACGCAGGACGAGUCGAAGAAAGACGAUGGGCAGGCGGACCCGUACGCGGAGGUCUUCCGCAUCACGGAGAAGUACAAACCCCCAACUCAGAAGAAGGAGCAGGAGGAAGGGAACGUCACGAACAGUUUAGCCAUGCUGACGGCGAUUCCGGAGGUGGACUUGGGCAUGGACGCUCGAUUGAAGAACAUUGAGGAGACAGAGAAGGCGAAACGUCAGAUUGCAGAGCAGCGAAAAGACAAGCAGAAACAGGGAGACGACGAAGCGCACCUUGCCGGCUCACGAUUUUACCGGCCGAACCUCAGGGCGAAGUCUGACGCGGAUAUUCUCCGGGAUGCUAAGCUGGAAGCGAUGGGCCUCAACCCUGAGGAUCAUGAAGUCCGCCGACACAGCGACCGACCGCAGAUGGCUACGGAUGAGAUGGUCAUGGAACGAUUCAAGAAGAGAAUGCGGAAGUGA